AUGUAUCGGGACUUGAAUGGAAAAGUCGUCCUCCUAACUGGCGUCGGCCAGAUGGGGGAUCCCACAAUGUGGGGAAAUGGAGCGGCGACGGCCAAGGUGCUCGCAUGCGAGUGUAGGGCCAAUGUAUUCGCUUGCGAUUUGUAUCUGGACGCCGCCGAGCACACCAAAAAACGCAUAGAGGCAGACGGAGGUGUUUGCGAUGUCAUGGCAGCAGACGUAACGAGUGCGACGCAAGUAAAGGCCUUUGUGGAAGCUUGCAUGAAGAAAUACGGUCGCAUUGAUGUUUUAGUCAACAAUGUCGGUCGGUCGGUGCCUGGUGGCCCAGCAGAAAUCGAUGAGGCGACGUGGGACGGUCAAACCAACGUCAACCUUAAGUCAGUAUACCUCACAUGCCACGAAGUCCUGCCCAUCAUGGAGAAACAAGGCUCUGGAUCAAUCAUCAAUCUCUCUUCCGUGGCUGGAUUGCGCUAUGUAGGUAAGCCUCAGGUUGCCUACGCUGCAGCAAAGGCCGCCAUUGUACAGUUCACGAAAACAACGGCCGUCAUCUACGCGAAGAAAGGUGUGCGGCUGAACACAGUGGUCCCAGGCCUAAUGCACACCCCUCUCGUUGGCUACCUGGCCGACAAGUACGCCAACGGCGAUUUGGAAGGACUGAUAGCGAGGCGAAACAAUCAGGUUCCGAUGGGCAAGAUGGGAGACGGGUUCGACAUCGCAAACGCGAUUGCUUUCCUUGCUUCAGAGAAGUCAAGAUAUAUUACCGGCCAAAAGAUUGUGGUUGAUGGGGGGCUUAUCUCGACCACCCCCUCGUAA